CUGGCCCGCUCAAUUUACUCAACGUUAAAGAUGUCUGCAAUAAUUCUAGCGGGACACAGAGGAUACAAAGCCCUGUAUCCAGAAAACACUAUAUGUGCAUUUCAAGCAGCGGUCGAUGCUGGGUGUGAUGUCAUAGAAUUGGACCUUCACACUUCAAUUGACGGUUUUGUUGUCGUUACACAUGAUGUCAGCACACAUAGAGUAUUUGGUAGUGAGUUUCAAAUUUCUAAAACUAAGUAUGUAGGUGUUUUGGAUCAACUGCGUACAAUUGCAAAACCAAGGUCACCAAUGCCCCUUCUUGAAGAAGUUUUAGACUGGUGUGUUAAAGUAAACGAAGAGGUUAAGCAUACUGGAAGAGAAAUCAAGCUAAUGCUUGAUAUCAAAUCCGACAAUGAUCCCACUGUGCUCAUGAAAAAGCUCUGGAAUGAAUGUCAAAAAAGUCGUUUGAAAUCUGGUGACUCCACUGAAAUGAUACACUACUGGAAAAAUAAGCUAAUUCUCGGACUUUGGGAUUCGAAGUUUUACGAUCCGACCCUGUCGAAAAAUUUCACUAUAGUCAAUAUAACCUUUGACAUUUUGAAAGCGCAAAACUUCUAUAGAGAGAUAAAAGAAAAGGACAAAGAUGCAACACUACAUGCUAUUUCGAUGAUCAACCUAAUUUUAUACAAGUCUCAAGACAAGGAAGAAAUGCUAAGAUGGGCAAAAGAAGAGAAUGUAAAACUUUGGUUUUGGACCGUCAAUGAAAAUGCUGACCUUCAAAACAUUAUCAGUACUUGUUCUUUGCCGACUGGAAAUUCGCUGCUAGAAGGGAUUGUUACAGAUGACCCAAUCAAAGUUCUUGAUCAAAAUGCAAUGGUCAAAACACCAAGAUGGAAGUACAACUUGAAAUGGUGGCUCAAAUCCAAAAUAUACUCUAUUUUUUUAUUUCUGUCAAGAGGAGGUUAUAAUUUGAGUCUAUUUGUUAACUGCUUGAAACGGAUCGGUUUCAUUUAGGACCUCAGAAUCGCCAGA